AUGGCGUCGGCUGAUGAGUAUAGAAUCACAAAGGAAGAAGCAUUCCAUUUCCUGGACAAUGUCUUGCAGAUAGAAUCCGCAGAAAUGAAACUGAAGGCAAACAAGAUCAAGUUCCUGGAGGACGUUAUCAAAGAGAUGCACCACCACAUCCCUUACCAAACUAUAAAUGUAAUCGCCAUGCCUGACGAAGAGCGGCGUUUACCAACGGCAGCGGACAUCAAGUCCGAUAUCACCUCCAAACUAGGAGGCCUUUGUUAUCAGCUGCAGAUAUUCAGCUGGAUGUUGCUACGUUCUCUCAACUUCGAUGCCCAUUUGGUACCAGUGGAUGGGAUGCGUAGAGAAAAUAUUCACGUUGGUAUCGUCCUCAAGGACCUUACCUGCCAGGGGUCAAAGCACCUGUUCGAAGUCGGGACCAGUCUUCCGACCCACCGUUUGGUCCCGCUUAAUUUUGAUCAGGGAUCACCUGAAUAUAAUGAUUCCUGUAUGACAUAUCGCUUCAUAUAUGAUCAAAAAGGUACGUUCAUCUUACAGCCUAGAGUAAGCUCGGUAUCAUCACUUGCGACUAAGUAUCCAGAACUGAUCGAUGGCAAGUGGUUUUCGUUCGCCUUUAUCCACACUGAACAAACUGUUCCUGUGUCUCAUUUCAACUCUGCUACAUGUAUGAAGAAAUUCUUCACCGACGUAGACGAGCUCUUUUGUUUUAUAGGUUUACUUUGUGUGUCCUACCCUAACGGUCGGCUUGUGAGCAUCAAGAAUUCCAAACUGACGCUAGUGGAUGAAACGAAUCAGAUGCAGCAUUUUCAGUUCCGGUCGGAUGACGACUUUCUCGAGGCUUUCCAGCGUUAUUUCCCUCAAUUUCCUGAGAGUAUGAUUCGAGCCUCUAUGAAGAAUGCUAAGUUCAAACUGCCAUAA